UAUACUGGCAAGAUGCCGUCGCCAGCAAUAAAUAAAACAGGACGCAGUGUUGCCAAUACGCUGCAACUCCUGGCAAUCGCUCUCUCCUGCUGCUGUCUGCUGGUGAAUGGCCAACAGCAGCAACAGCAACAGCAGCAGCAGCAGCAACACUUGAAGUACCAGCAAUUGCAAUAUCAAAUGCAGCAGCAAUAUGAAUACCAGCAGCAGCAGCACUAUCAGCAGCAAUUCCAACAGCAGCAGCAACAGCAACAGCAGCAACAUCAACAGCAGCAGCAGCAAUUGACACCCACAGCAGCAUUGGUACAGCAGCAGCAACAAAAGCAGCAACAUGAGGAGCAAAUCGACCUGCUGUCCACUCAGCCAACUCAGCUCCUUCAGACGGGUGUCUCCCUGAUUGUGGACGAUGGCAAGGGAUCCGGUGAUGGCAGCGGAAGCGGAAGUGGAAGUGUAACCGGAACCGGAACCAAUCGCCGACGCAUUGCCCAGUUGGGAACGCGCAAGCGAAAGCGUCGUCCUCAACUCCCGCUGGCCACCAUGGGCGCCAACGAGGAGGACUCGGAUACCAAUUCCAAUUCCGGCUCCGGUUCCGCCUACUGGCGUGGUCAUGUGGAGGAUGAUGCGGAUGCCCUGCGCCGGCGAAAGCAACCACUGGUGCGGGAACCCAUGGCAGCCCUGGAGCGGGAUCGAGAGAAGCAUCGCCAGCGAGUGGCAGAGCCCACGGAUGCCACGGCCCAGGCCAGCAGCAGCAAAGCCUAUCGUCGUCCCUAUGGCCAGGCCAAGAGGGAACCGAUACCUUCUGUCCUGCCGGAGAGUGGCUUGCCGGUGGCCACCAAGACAUCGGUGGAUCUGAAGAAUAUUCUCAAGAAUUCCGGUGGCCUGUCCCUAAGCGAGAUCCUGCAGCAAAAGAAUCUCUCACUGGACGACCUGCUCAAGGGCAAGCAGAAUGCUUUGCUGGCUCUACAGACCACAGCCGUGGCACCGGCCUCUACAUAUUCCUCGCCAGCGGAGAGCUCCUCCUCCUCAUCCUCGGCGGUGGUGGGCUACAGAAAGUCACCCAUACAGCUGAAUAAGCAGGGUGUCCGUCGAUUGCCGGCUGCCUACACCACCGCCACCUCGUCCUCCUCCUCUGCCACCAGCAGCUCUGGGAAUGAGGAGGAACGGGAGGCCACCAAGAACAAGGCGGGGAAAUAUCCCAAUGCCCUGCAGCGCUUGAAGCUCUUUGGUAGCUCUUCCAGGGAGAGCAGCACCACAAGACGCAUUGGUAUUGGCAGCUCCAGCCUAAGCCCCACCACCAGUAGCAGCACCACCACAACCACCACCACUCGAGUGCCGCUCUACAAGAAGCGACAGCAUCUAAGGUCAACAUUGAAGCCACCAGGACUCUUUAAGCCCAUUAUGAGUACUCCAACCACGACCACGACGAUAGCAGCGGCGGCGGCAAGCACCACACAGGAGGCGGAGACCAGCACAGUGUAUUCCUCCACAACCACAGCGGCUAGUAGCCAGGAGCAGAGCGAGGAGGAGGAGGUGCAGGAGAAGGAACAGGAUCGGGAGCAGGAGCAGGAUCAGGAGCCGGCCGAGGAGCAGCAAGAGCAGGAUCAGGAGCAAGAGCAGGAACCAGAGCAAACGGAGGAGGCUAACUCGCAGCAGGAGCCAGACGAGGAGCACGAAGAGCAACCGGGUUCUGGGGAAAGCAGUCCUCCAACCGAUGCUUCACCAGUUCCAUCGUCUGCCCUGCCUCCUGGCAAUCCCCGCUAUCGCCUGCGCAAUUCCAGCAUCAAGGAUCCGAAUCAGAAGCGUCUCAAGGACAACUUUAUAGGUCACCACUACGAUCACAAUGUGGUGGACAGUGUGGAGGAGCUGGAUCAGCCAGAGAGUGGACCCAGCUCUACAGUUUCAGCAGCAGGAAAGGAACCGCCUGUGAAUAGGAGCAGUGAGCAGGAGAUGAACGAUGGGGACGAUGAGCUGGAGAAUUUCUUUGACGAAGUGGAGAGUCAUACGCAUCAUACUAGGGUGCCUGCACCACCUGCUGCUCCACCUGCUGCUUCUCCCACUGCCAUUGCAACUGCUCCUGCACCCUCUUCCUCCUUUGAGCCACCAUUAGCAGUGGCUCCUUCACCAUCAUCCUUUCCCAUGCCUGGAAAACCGUCACAGCUCAACAUCAUUGACGAUGUGGACGAUCGCACUGAUCUCCUUGAACUGAUCGAGGAUCGACGGUCGGGUAAUCGCCUAUUCAAGGUGUUGGAGCAACGCAAUAUGACUUUGGAGGAGCUAAUCGAGCAUAGGAAACGUGGUUCCAGCCAGCUUCAUCUAUCCACCAUUGUGAGUGGCGGCGAUGAGCAUUCACGGCUGUAUCCUGGCCAGAAAGUACUGCUGCAGGACAACAUGGACAUUGUCACCGCCUUCGAGAACUUCCCACACUUCAAUCUGAUGGAUCUGAAGAGCGUCAAGCCGGACGAGAUUAAGACGGAUUCGCAGGGAUCCAGCUACUUCACCUCCAUCAUUGACAUUGAGCCCAAUGAUGAGAUGAUGAAGCCAUCGAAUGGAAAUCGAGGUAUAACGGCCUUGCGCCUGCGCCAACAGCGCCAGCGUCAGCAGAGAUCCAAGGGGGCGGGAAUGGUUAUGGCAAAAGCAGUGGCAGUGGCAGGAGAGGAGGAGGCAAGGUCAGGUCGAGAUGCGGGUCAACGAGCGGGUCCAAGAGCGGGUCCAAGAGCGGGUCCAGUAGCAGACCCAGGAGCAGGUCGAGGAGCAGGUCAAGGAGUUGGUCCAGGAGCAGUUUAA